AGACUGAAUUCCGAAAAAAUUCCGUCACGAAAUAUCUUUUUGAAAUUAAACAAUUUGGGAUAACCCCAAGUUCCACCAUGCUGCAUAGACGAUCAUGUCACUCUCCGAAGGUGAAUACGAAGUAUUAGAAGAAUGUAUCGAAAUCAAGCAUCCAAGCACGCAUACCCACAUUCGGACCCUCUCAGCCUGCACAGGCGCCAUCCUAACUUCCCUCCUCGUAACGCCCUUUGAUGUAGUCAAAACCCGGAUGCAGUCGUCAGCAUACCCAUUGUCAACGCAGAGUAUAAUAAGAGUUGUGGUGGGGAGUGAGGGUGUGAAAGGGCUUUGGAGGGGACUGGUUCCAACAUUGGUCAUGUCUGUUCCGUCGACAGUUGUUUAUUAUAUUGGGUAUGAAGAUGUGCGGGGACGGAUGGUGGCACGGUGGGGUGAGGGUGUGUAUGCCCCACUCGUUGCGGGGGGGUUAGCAAGAACGCUUGCUGCGACGUUGACGUCCCCACUCGAGUUAUUGCGUACGCGGAUGCAAGCGGGGAAGAUGCGCAGGGUCCGUGAUGUGAGGGCUUGGAUUAAGAGUGAGGGGGUGAGAGGGUUGUGGAGGGGAUUGGGGCCAACACUUUGGAGGGAUGUACCGUUUAGUGGAAUAUACUGGUUAACAUACGAAAAAACAAAAACCCACCUCCCAAAUCCAACAUCAACCCAUAUCGAAUUCCGCAACGCCUUUCUAUCGGGUGCUGUUGCGGGUACAAUUGCUGCAAUAUUGACCACACCUUUUGAUGUGGCCAAGACAGUCAUGCAAGUCGGUGCAGAAGGGGGGAUGGUGCCGGUUUUGAGGGAAAUUGUGAGGAGGGAGGGGUGGAGGGGGUUGUUUAGAGGAGUGGAGCCGAGAGUGGCCAAAGUUGCGCCGGCUUGUGCGGUGAUGGUGUCGAGUUAUGAGGUUGGGAAACGGCUGUUUUGAUCUUGUUUAGAUUGCGGAUGCGCUUUGCCGUUCGCGGGCGCUUUAUUUAUCUUUACAUUAUUUUAGUGUUUAGCAUGUAUAGUGUUGGAGGGUUGGCUACUAGGCGGGAAGAUCUCUUGAGCAAUAUAUCUGGGCAUCCUCAUUUGAGAACAGUGUGCCUGUGAAUAAAAAUACUUUUCAC